AUGCGAUGCGAAGCCUCCGGCGUCGCUGGCUCCAUGCACAGGGAAAGCUUGCCAAUCUCGUCAUGCAUACCCGGCUCCGGGGGGCCGAAAUGCCGGGCUGGCGGCCGCCUCCGUCUCGCCGCGGUCUCCGCCGCCCGGCGCCACGCGGGCGCCUCGCCGGCGGCUUCCUUGGCCCCUCCUCUGCGCCCGCGGGGCCUGGCGGCGCAUUGGGAGGGCGGCAGGGAGGGGAAGAAGGCGAGGACCAUGGCCAAGAAGUCGGUCAUUGGUCAUCGUCCACCUUGGACAUCGCCCAUUCGUGGAUCUUCCUCGCGGAUCAGCGACGGCCAACAUGGAUCAUGA